AUGAGGAAUAAAACAGCGAAACAGAAGUCCAAGAAGAAGAAUGUGACUGACAAUGUGUUCGGCUGUGACUUGAUCGAGCAUCUACAGAGCACAGGACAUGAUGUCCCUCAGGUUCUGAAGAAGUGUGCAGAGUUCAUAGAGAAAAAUGGCAUUGUGGAUGGGAUCUACAGACUCUCUGGUGUCACAUCAAACAUUCAGCGUCUCAGGCAGGAGUUCUGCUGUGAGACCUGCCCUGAUCUUACAAAGGAAGUGUACCUCCAGGACAUCCACUGUGUGGGAUCCUUGUGUAAGAUGUACUUCAGAGAGCUUCCCAAUCCUCUGCUCACGUAUGAGCUCUACUCCAAAUUUACCGAGGCUGUUUCUGUCCAAGGGGAUCAUGAGAAACUUGUCCACAUUCAAAAGGUCAUCAAAGAACUGCCACAUGGUCAUUUCAGGACUCUGGAGUACCUGACUACACACCUGACACGCCUCGCCACCCAGAGCACAAAGACCAACAUGCACACAAGAAACCUGGCUUUGGUGUGGGCCCCUAACCUGCUCAGGUCAAAGGAUAUUGAAGUUUCAUGUGGUAAUGGGGACAUGGCGUUCCAGGAAGUUCGAGUCCAACAGUCAGUCAUUGAGUUCAUCCUCAACCACACUGAUCAGAUCUUCAAUGGUGGUUCAAUCCAAGUGAAACCCAAAGAAGGUUUAAUGUGCGGGGAGAAGUAUGCCACUCUGCCAAUCAGUGGAACCUCAGGACCAAUGAAACUGAUGAGUCUGGAGGAGGCACAGGCGAGAUCUCUAAGUCCAAACCAUCCUGUGCACAGAGAGCGUCAGAGAGAAAACAGCUUACCUGACCCCAGCACUGCCCAGCUCUACCACACUGUCAUAGACAUAGACAGCAAGAGGAAGUUCUCAGGAAAGUCAAAAAAGUGGAAAUCCAUUUUUAAUUUGGGAAAAUCAGUGGAUUCGAAGGGAAAACUGAGUCGCAAUGGCAGUGUAUUCAUCAGAGCACAAGAGGUUGCAGAAAAGGCCAAAGGCAGAAAAUCUAGGAGCAUGGAGUCAUUGUGUUCUUUACCAACAGAUGAUGACAGAAGUGGAGCCCGUAUUGGACCAGGCAGCAUUUUUGCUCCAGAUGUUAAGUCUCGGACUCUGGGCUCAGACUCUCUGUUUGACCUGAGUGAAGAUGAGCCGACCUGGGAGAUUAAAGGGAUCAGACCCAGCGGAGCGACAGCAGGAUGGACCGCUCAUUUGGACCAGGACAGCCCUUUGGGGACAUCCCUGCCGACACAGAGGACACUGCCAGAGCAGCUGAAGGUGUUCAAAGGAGAGGACAUGAAAGGGUUCAAGCCCACCUCUCCCAAAAACAGGAGGACACUGUACUCAUCCCACAGCUCUUCAUCACGACCCUCAUUUCCAGGGAGCUUCUUCCCACUGGAGUCCUCCCCACGUCACCAGCGCAGAGCUCUCAACAUCUCUGAACCUUUUUCUGUGUCUGUGCCUCUGCGUGUGUCUGCCGUCAUCAGCUCCAACAGCACGCCCUGUAGAAGUCUGGCUAAAAAGAUACCUGAGUCCGGAAUCAGUGUGAAGAGCAACACUAUCCCACAGGAAUUCAAGAAGCAGCAAGAGAGAAGAGAAGAGAAGAUCAACAGAGAGGAGGGCAGCUCCAUCCAGUCAGAGGAUUCAAGAAAUGAUGGAUCUCAAAGGAGUCAAAGAAGUGAAUCUGAAGAUUCAUUCAGUUUGAAUGCAAGUCAGAGAGCACUCCCUUGUGGAGAGGAUCUACACAUUCAAUCACCUGAGAAACUGGAAAUUGUAUCUUCAAUUGGGAAAGGACGAUGGGCUGAUCUCUGCCCAGAACUAAACUCAAGUGAACCAGAAAUUAAGCAACUUGACCAAACUUUUAAGCCUGUCUUUGGGAAACAGAAGUCGCUUUCAGUAUGUGUGGAGGAGAGGAGGAGUAUAUUGGAGCUGGAGGAAGAGGAUGGACGCCUAGAGGAAUUGGACUUCAUGGAGCCUUGGGAUGAUCUGAGCUCAACUAAACAGUGGGUGACCAGUCCACUGCACUCGCCUGAUGUAGAGGAGCUUUUCAAACAGCUGGACCCAUCCUGGUCCGAAGGGAGUGCUACAGUCCUAGAGGAAAGUCAUAUUUCAACACCGGUAUCAGGCAUCAAUAAAUCCUCCACUAAACCCAUUGUGACAAAGAACUUCUCUGGGAAUUUUCCUCCAGGCAGUAAAACAGAAGCUAAACGGAUCUAUUUACCCACACGGACAGGCAACACAUCGCAAGCUCACAAGUCUCACAGCAAAAACAAGAACACGGCAUCGUCUCAGCGGUUUCACAGACAGAUGUCGCAUGAGGCUGCUGCUUUGGACAAAAAAGAGGAUAACACUCACUCACGACACAGGCCAUACUCACUUAAUCUUGACCGCUGCAUCCGGGACAUUUCUAACCAGCAAAACCUAGGUCCCUCAGAGUUCUGUCAAAAGGGGACGCAGCCUGAGACGGCACAUAACUGCUUAUCUGAGCUGGAUUUAUUUCUGAAUGAUAACCAAGCACCUAUGAGAAGAAACUCGGCACCGCUCAGUGUGUCCUCCGUCCGCACAGCCUUCAUGAUUAAAACGUGCCAGGCCAAAGCAGUUCCCGUUGUCCCUCCGAAAGUGCAGUACAGCCAGAUACCUCACUCCAAACUUGAAAAGGACACCGUGAAUGAAGAAGAAAAGGAAUGUCCUUUACAGAAAACCAAUGCACUGCCGCCACAGGGGAUUUCUGAACUCACAGAAGAGCUUGAAAACAAAGAGCCUAAGACUGUCAAAGCUGAGGAGAAGACAGCGGAACCGGCUGCAGAGUUACCGGUUAUAACACGACGGCACACACCCAGUCUCGAGGUGUUUGUGGACGCUUCUCGGCCAAACAAGUCCAACCUUUUACAGCGGUCGUCUUUUCGGAACAGACAGAGACCUCAGAGUCUGAUCCUGCUGAGCCCGCCGUUUCCCAUCAUGGACUAUCCUUCUUCUGGUGAUGACGGGAAACUCCUAUCAUCCAUCAAGAGUUUCAACGACACAUCAGCUGAGAGCUACAGGGCAACCGAGCAAGUGCAAAACAAAAUGACUAUUCCAAAAAGCGGACAAAGACUGGAGACCUCAACCAGCUGCUUUUACCAACCCCAGAGGAGGUCCAUGAUCUUUGACAGCAGGAGCCAUAGACAGAUCGAAUAA